AUGAGUAUCAGACAGGACAGUGUGAUUCCACUCAAGAACGACCUGAUCCUCCGAGUUGCCAAAGGAAAUGUCGACCCCUCCUCCAAAAUUCCAGUUUGGGUGAUGAGACAGGCGGGGCGAUACUUGGAGGAGUACCGUCAUUUUUCCGCACAAAAUGGUUUCCUCAACAUUUGCCAAAGUCCCGAAUUAAUGUGCGAGGCCACGAUGAUGCCAUUCAAAUAUUUUGAUUUCGACGCGGCAAUCAUUUUUUCCGACAUUCUAAUAUUGGCCCUGCCCCUCGGCCUGAAGGUUUCGAUGGUGCCAGGCCAGGGACCGGUCAUUUCUCCCAAACUGACAGAAUUGGCCAACCCUGUUUUCGACGUUGACUUAACCCAACACCUCAGUUAUGUUUAUCGCGGAAUCGAACUCACCAGGAGAGCCUUGGACGGGAAGGUGCCCCUCAUCGGGUUUGCUGGAGGUCCCUGGACUCUGUUGAGUUAUAUGGUGGAGGGGACGCCCACCAAAGUGUUAAGCCAAGCCCGAAAAUGGCUUUAUCAAUUACCCGAAUCAACAGCAACACGCAUUUUCGAGUCAUUAUCUGAUUUGAUUGUACAACACCUACGACUCCAAGUGCAGGCAGGCGCACAAAUGUUGCAAAUAUUCGAAUCCAAUGCAGGAAUGUUGUCGACCACACAUUUAGAGAAAUAUCUCCUCCCUGCCCUGCAGCGAAUCAACAACUCCCUCAGAGACACUCUCCGUGAGGACUACGUGCCCACCAUAAUAUUCCCCAAAGGGUGCAGUAUCGCCAGUCUUCAGUGGCUGGCCUACGAGACCGGAUAUGACGUGAUUGGACUCGACUGGACUACGGAAGUGGGGCAGUUGGGAGACAUGAAUGGAAAAGCUCUCCAAGGAAAUUUGGACCCAGCUGCAUUGUACUCAAACAAGGACGAACUGUCGGGGUACAUCCACGAUAUGCUCAGAAAGUUCGAAGGACGGCCUUAUAUUGCCAAUCUGGGCCAUGGAAUCUACCCGGAUGUGCCCCCCGAGUCAGUGGAGUUAUUUGUGGGGACUGUCCACUCUUAUAAUACCUAAUCGGCCUGUUGUCUGCACUA